AUGGAGAGAGGAUUAUUAGAAGACCUGUGCCGAGGGGCACGAAUCCCAGUAACCAAAGCUGUGCUGGUGGCGGGGUUCCCAGAAGAGAUGGAACCAAAUGAGAUUGAGGAGAGCCUAGAUGCAGCUGAAAUACUGGGGAGGGUAAAGGUCCACACUCGUAUUUACAACCGCAAAGUGAAGGGCAUGGUAGCACUAUGUACUCACUCCAAGGAAGCAGAUCUUGACAAAGUGCCCAAAGAGGUGAAAGUAGAAGGUAUCCCCUGGACAAUUCUCGGGGCAGAGCAGUCCCCUCCUAGUGUGCCUGAGUCACUUGAGGUGGAUUCUUUAGCACAGAAAUUGCAAGCUCUGAUGGUAGAUGAGAAGCGGACAAGAGAAGAAUUAAUUUUAGCAUUAGGAGGGGCUCCAACACCUGCAGCACCCAGCCUGGUGGGAUGGGCCAAAGAGCUGGGAAAUGCUCUCAAAGAUGCAUUGAAGCCGGUGCAUGAAAAUGCUCCAUACAAGCGGUUACGUUCAUUCUCGGGGGUGUCACCUGUACCCUCAGGGGAGGAUGAUUAUGAAACAUGGAGGGAUUUUACGGUGCCACUUGUCCAAGAGUGGGAAUGCUCUGAUGCUGAGAAGCGGAAACGGGUGCUUGAGAGUCUGAGGGGACCUGCCAUGCGAAUUAUCCGAGCCCUGAAAGACUCACAACCAGCUGCCACGGUGCAAGACUAUUUAACCGCUCUUGAGAGUGUCUAUGGUGCUACUGAUAGCAGUGAAGACCUGUAUUAUCGUUUCCGCCAUACCUAUCAGGAGCCCCACGAACGAUUGUCUGAUUUCAUCAGGAGACUAGAGGAUUUGCUACAGCAGGUAGUGCGGAAGGAGGGCAUCCCCACCAAGCGCAUUGAUUUCGCUAGGUUGGACCAAAUCCUCCGGGGCACCCGACAAGAUGGGUUGAUGUUGUGGAAACUGCAGCUGAGGGAGCGGGCCCAAGAUCCACCCCCAUUCCACAAGCUCAUUCGAGAGAUACGUGAGGAGGAGGAGCGAUUGUUGCAAGCGGAUGCAGUGUUGCAGCCGAAGACAGCAGGGAGUCACACCACCACAAGAGGAGAGUAG